AAGACCGGAGCCAGGGGCAGUGGGUAGACACACGAAAGAUGGGUGGGGAGGGAAGCCUGAAGAGACGCAAGGGAGAAGGGCAGGACGAGGGACCCCAGAAAGAGGGGAGGGACAAGGGGGAGGGAACUAGAUGGAGGUGGGGACACACAGAGAGAGGCGCGGCCAGGAGACCAGAAGGAGGGUCUGCAGGGACCUGCGGGCUCCGAAAGGCGUUCUGUUCAGCUAGUGCUUGAGGACCCGGCUUAACGGUGGCUUCCGGUCGUGUGCUCCGCGCCCGCAAGGACGCGGUCUCGGCGCUAAGCCUAUGGGUGUGGGGACAGUGGAGCCUGAACACUUCCUGCCCGAGAUCCUACAAAUGCUUUCCUUCAGUCUGCAGCUCAAGGCCCCUCCCCGAGACGUCCGGCUCUACUAGCCCAGCCCGGGAGAGUGGGCAGGGCCCACUGGGGGCGUGGGAGAGGGAGGGCUGGGCGGGCAAAGGCUGGCGCCGAGGCCUCGGGGUGGAGACUGGGUGAGGGGCCCGACGGCGGGGUCUGUACAGAACAGCCCGGACACCGGCGCGCAGCAAGGGUGAGAUCCCAGCGGAGUCCCAUCCCCUCCCCUAAACUCCCAGCGGCCAGACGGAAUCACACCGCAACCCGCCUCGGAGACUUUGCCACCAAUGUCGCUGCUGAACUCUGGCUGUCCCCACCAAGGAGAAAGGCUUACCCUUCUGGAGCCAAAUCCACCGCCAGUCAACUCAGACAGCCACCCAGGCCACAUGCCAGCGGAGGACCCUGAGGAGACCUCUGCUCUGGUGUGUCCUGAAAAUCUGAGUUUGGGGUCCCCAGGCCUGGACACCAAACAAGCCCCUAGCUGGCCUGGGCUCCGGACCCUCCUGCAGCAGCUCCCUCCGCAGGACAGCGAUGAGCGCUACUGCCUGGCCCUUGGGGAGGAGGAGCUGGCUGAGCUGCGGCUCUUCUGUGCCCAGCGGAGGCGGGAGGCCCUGGGACAGGGGGUGGCCCGCCUGGUACCUCCCAAGCUUGAAGAAUGCAUUUGUGAAAAGCAGUGCAGGGAGCAGCUGAGGCCAGGGGAGUACGGAGUGUUCGCAGCACGGGCAGGAGAGCAGCGCUGCUGGCACCGGGCUUGCUUUGCCUGCCAGGCCUGUGGCCAGACCCUGAUAAACCUCAUCUACUUCUACCACGAUGGGCGUCUCUACUGUGGCCGUCAUCACGCAGAGCUGCUGCGGCCCCGCUGCCCAGCUUGUGACCAGCUGAUCUUCUCCCGGCGCUGCACCCAGGCGGAGGGACGGCGCUGGCACGAGAACCACUUCUGCUGCCAGGACUGCGCCGGGCCCUUGGGCGGGGGACGCUAUGCCCUGCCGGGGGGCGGCCCCUGCUGCCCCAGCUGCUUUGAGAGUCGCUAUUCGAAUGCCGGCUCGAGCCCGGCCCCGAUGCUGGAAGGCAGGGCGUCCCCGGGUAAGGGAGGAAAAGGUGCAAAGGGGAGGAGGGCAGCGGCUUGGGCUGGGCUGCGGAGGGGGUUCUCCCGGGCUGGGACCCUCGCCCCGGUCCCACGCCGUCCCGCCCCUCCAGCAGCGGCCCCGUCCCCCCACCGCACCCCCAGACCCGAGCCUUGGGGCCCGCAGCUCUCACCGCGCGUCCCUGGCCGGAGCGCUCCAAGGGCCUCCCGAACCCACCCUACGCCGCAGUUGGGGCUGCGGCGCGGACUCGCUGGGGCCGCGGCCGCCCUCUGGUGGGCGGAGGAGGGGAGGGGGAAGAGGACUCGCCGCGGCGGCGGCGGCGGCGCGCACGGCCCGGGGGCGGGGCAGGAGGCUGGUCCCCGACUGGGACUGGCUUCUCGCGGCGGUCCCACCGGGGUCUGGGAGGAGGAAACUCAGGUCUUAGAUGAGCGUUUCUGACCCGGCCUGGAACAGGGGAGGCGGGGCUCGGCAGAGCUGAAGACGGGGAACGUGACUCGCGGAACGCCGCGACCAUCUCCCGGGCAGCCCUUUUCGCCACGGCCGCCAGCUCCGGUUUGGAAACCCGGAGGGGAAUGCUUGGAUUCAGCCCGGGGCAGGAGUGUCGAGCUGGGGACCAGGCGGAGGCACCCAAAGGACAAGAGCAGGGCUUACUGGAGA